UGAGGCCUCUCCCCCCUCCCACCCCUGUUUGGGGUGCCAGCCACGCCGAGGUGCUGAGGACACCCCUGUCCUUUGCAUCAGGACUUCCCCUGCCUGGUUGUGGUUCUUCUGCAGAAGCCAAGAGGAAGCUGUGGUUGGCGAGGUGGGGGCGAGCAGGCCCCCAAACCAUCUGCUGGCGGCGCCUGCUUCCCCCAAACAGAGCAGGGCACGGGUGCACCCCCGGGCAAGGCACCCCAUCCCUGCCUCCCUCCCCUGCUGGGCUACCCCACAGUGCUGCAGCCGAGGGCUGGGCUGCUGCAUGGGGCCUGGGGGUCCCCACAGCCCACGCACAAGGGCUUGGCUGUGCUCAGGGAGGGGCCUUGGAGGUCCCGCUGCCCUAUUCUGGUGUCCCAGUGCCUCAAAAGGUGAGAGCUGGGCUCCCCCAGCCUCCCACAGUUCCCCUUUGCUUUCUAGGAACUGCAGAAAGUACAUGAAAGUGUGCAGCACUCACCCCCCACACCCGGCUGGGGUCUGCUGCGUGCCCCCCACACAGGCUGGCAUCAGUGGGGUGGCAAAGGGGCAGCUGGUGACCAUGAUGAGCUUUGUCCCUGUGUCCUCAUCUCUGCACAGCAUCCCGUGGGACACGCAACACGAGGAGGGGAGGGAAGGGCUGUGACAACCUGAGCCUCUGUGGAAACCCUCCCCUCUCCUUGGGAACCCACCCAGAGGUGCCCAGCCCCGAGCUGCCCCUCUGCAGACCCCCGGCACAGGUGCUGAUAGACCUCCGAGGUGCCCCCACCCCAUAGAGGGGCACUGUGGGGGCUCUGUGCAGCACACAGCGAUGUGCAGCCCCUCAGGUGCUGCAGGGGCUCAGGACCCCUCUAAGAGAGCUGGGACCACCCAAAACCAUCCCAGCUGCCCGGUGGGUGUUCCCAGGGGGACCCAUCCUCUGGCAUUCCAGGGCAGGGCGUGUGUGCUGCCCCCUGCCCCGGGAAGUACCAGCAGUGGUGUGGGUGGGAGGCGAGGGGCUGAGCGUCCCAUUCUGCACUUCUGGGAACUGUGAUGCUGCUGUGACUGCACCUUGGGGCAGCCCCGUGGAGUCCAGCCCACUAUAAGACCACAGCCCCCGGCUCUGCCGAGCCCACCAGAGGCACAAACAGAGGUAGGCACAGACCAGGAGGGUUGGGGGGGUCUCAGGGGGGUGCUGCUGCCAGAGCUGGGGGCUCUGCCCUGGCUGUGCCACUCUGCUGGGUGAUGUCCCUGCUCUUUUCCUUCCCAGAUGCUGGUGCUGGUGGGACUGGCGCUGUUCCUUGUGCCUGCAGAAUCCCUGACUGCCUUCCCCCCAAAGUUCCAGGUGGGGAAGCUCAACCAGGACGUGGUGGUGAGAUGUGACACUUCAGAGCAGCACAUCUACUGGACACUGAACGGGGAUGAGGAACCCAUGGCUGAACUGGUGCCUGAGGGCCAGAAGCUCACCAUCGUCGGCUUGGACCUGCCAGCCACUGGCAACUACAGCUGCUGGGCUGGCCCUGGUCACCUGCUGGACACCACCUACGUGGUGCUCAGCAGCACCCGCGAGGAGGAGCUCAACGUGUCCUGCCAGGCCGAGUCCUACAACGGCUCCUUCCACUGCUCCUGGCCCGGGCCCCCCUCUGCCAUCUUCCGUGCCCGCCUCAUACGCAGCGAUGGCUCCGUGGGGCCGUGGGUACCGGUGACCAGUGAGCAGGACCAGUUCAGCACCAGUUUGGCAGACACUUUGUUCUGCCCCUUCGGAGAGGAGCUGCGCCCGCUGCAGCUGCACCUGGAGGGGCUUUCGGACACCUCCUACCUCAACCUCUCCAGGCAUUUCUUCCUGCGUGACAUCGUGCGUCCUGAGCCGCCCCAGAAGCUGAUCCUGCAGCAGCGAGGGGAGCAGCUCCACCUGGCCUGGGCCCCCCCGGCCUCCUGGCCGCUCCCCAAGUCCUACUUUGCGCUGCUCUACCACCUGCAGUACGAGCUGCACAACGGCAGCCAGGUUGAGCAGUUCGUGGAGGGUGUGGAGGAGACGCCGGUGCCGGUGGGAGCGGGGUGGGUGCGGAUCAGCUGCCGGGACCCCUACACCCCCCCGGCCUGGAGCCCCUGGAGCGCCUGGAUGGGCCUCGAUGCACCCCAAUAACGGCGGUUUUGAGGGUGCUGACCCCACAAACCUGCUUUCCCCACAACCCCCAUGCCUUAACAGCUUGGAAAAAGGAUUUUUUUUUUUGCCUAUUAAAACCCUGGGAUUGGCUUUGCCACCACAAA